AUGGAGAAAGGCAGCGUUCAGCAGAUCGAUUUGGAAGAGCAAGUCGGACGGAGACUACCAAAGCUGCAAAACACUUCGAUCAGCAUCCUAGACCCUGCAAUCUACAUUGCAAGGAGUCGCAAGGACCUGGAUAUCAGCAAUAACCAUGCCGAUGACAAGAAGUUCUAUAACACAAGUACUAGUAGUGACGGGCAAGUCAAAAGCGAGCCAGAGUGGGACUACCUUCACUUCAGAGCCAGUUUCACGCUUGAGGUCGAGAUUCUAGGCUUCGAACGCGCUCACAAGUAUAACAAAUUCUUCGACUCCAUAUCCAUCCGCUACCCAUAUAAGCGGCAGGAGCGCCAUUUGUGGUAUCCCGAGCGGGAUGAGCCUGUGGACGUCAAUGUCACCAACGAGACUACAACAUCCACGAGUGCCGGUCUGAGUGUGGCCGUGGCUGGAAGCAUACCAGUCCCCGCUCCGGAAGUCCACGUACAAAAGGACCGCAAAUUGACUGUUGCCCGUAAGAUGCGUAGUCGGCGCAAGGGAGUGUCUAUGGAGAAAUUCCAAGCUCAUCCUAAACGAGUACAACAACGCCCCGUGUGCCCGGUUUCGGUCAGGUCUCCCGGCGCACAGUCAAUUCGUCAGGAAGAGCCCUCCUGCCAGAGGAAAAGGGACAGAGAAGACUAUACGGAAUCCGUGCAUUGGGAUUACCAAGUCGAAUCCAAGAAGCAUACGUAG